UUCGAGGACAACGACUUUGGCAACAACUGAGACUUUGCGUUCACUCACAUAAAUAUUGAACCAUCUCAACGGAAGAGUUUCAGGAUGGUUUGACACAAGAGGAGCUCAAAUAUUUCUAUCAGCUGAACUUCUAGACAUGGCUACUUGAUUGUUAACUUGUCGACAUUCUAUAAGACAAAUGAGAGCCUCACCGUUCGAACCCCACCCCCACAGAAUUCCUGUUGAUGAACCGGAAGUUGGGAAAAUGCACACGGAAGUGACAUCAGACAAAAUGACUUUCACAAGCAUAGAGAAUGGUUUGAACUCUGAGAGUGACGUCAGAGAUUCAGAUGACGACUGCAAGGACAGUUUACCUUUGGCCUCUAGAGGUCAUCGUGGUGGAAAUCAAGAAAAUACACAACUCAGUAGAGAAGAGAGGAGACGCCGUCGCCGAGCAACAGUGAAGUACCGCACUGCGCAUGCAACAAGGGAGAGAAUUCGUGUUGAGGCCUUCAACGUUGCCUUUGCUGAACUGCGGAAGUUACUACCAACGCUUCCGCCAGAUAAGAAACUGUCGAAGAUAGAAAUACUUCGUCUUGCAAUUUGCUAUAUUUCAUACCUCAAUCACGUCCUUGAUCUCACCUAAGUGACAUUGAUUUGACCUAGAUAUUGACCUUUGCAUAGAUGAAGAGGAAGUUCGGUGUUAACACCUCUUGUGACACCAAUACUAUCCUGAACUAAACUGAAGACAACCGAUGUUUUAGAUGAUUAUUUGCAUGUAACUUGAUGAAUAUGUUUUGAUGAACUGAGCCAACGAGGUAACGCUGUACAGUAUUUAUUGCUGACCGUAUUACUUUUUGGAUGACACAUGAAUCACAAAGUCUUGAGUGCCGCAAUUCGCUGUAAAGAGUUGCAUACCUUAGAUGCGUCAGACACCUAUCUUCCGGUUCCGGUUCUCUCUGAUCACGUUUCUUGUACUGUUACACGGUAUCCGUUUUGGU